GCUACGCAUCGCCACGCUGUUUGACUCUCGGGCUGCCCAGCUUGGCUUCGCCAUGAACAAGCGGAAGUUUGAAGAGCCAAAAACCUCGUCGGUGGAAAGUCAUUUGGUGUCAUGCAGCCCAUUUCAGCCUCAGUAUGAGCCGGAAGAAAAGAUCCGCACCGUGGUCGUGGAGAACUUUCCGAUGCUGGGCAAGGCUGCUGCAUGGCGCUUCCUGGAAUGGGUGCAAGAGAAUCCCAAAGGUGUAUGCUCACUGCCCACUGGCAAGACUCCGGAGUAUUUCAUCAAGUGGGUCCAACGGAUUUUGCAAGGAUGGCAGACCCCAGAGAUCAAGGAGGAAGCCAAGAAAUUUGGAUUGGCAGAUGCAAAACCAGAGUUGGAUCAACUGACAUUUGUACAGAUCGAUGAGUUUUAUCCCAUCUCUCCGCAACAGCACAAUAGUUUCCACUACUACGUCAGUGAGUACUACAUCAAGGGCUUCGGACUUGAUCCGUCGAAAGCGCUGCUGAUGGACUGUUCCAAGAUUGGUUUGGAUCUCACUGCUCCGUCUUUCGGUCCCACAGGGGAGCCACAGGACCAUCAUCAGAUGAGCAUGGAGGACGUCUGGCCCGACGGCCACGUGGAUCUCACGUUGCGCACGCGCGACCCGCAGACGCGGUUGGAGCGCUUGCAGCAACGGGUGCUCCGGCAGGUGGAUCAAUGGUGUGCAGACUAUGAAGGAAAGAUCAGGGCCCUGGGUGGCAUCGGUUUCUUCAUGGGUGGCAUCGGACCUGAUGGACAUGUGGCCUUCAAUUGCCAAGGAUGCGACCACUUCUCGACGACCCGCAUGGAUCAGCUGAACUACGCGUCACAAGCUGCGGCGGCAGGGGAUCUGGGGGGCAUUGAAGCCGUGCGAAAGCGGAAAGUGAUCACCAUCGGCUUGGGCACCGUGACCUUCAACCCGGACUGUGUCGCCUUGAUUUGUGCUGCUGGCGAAGCCAAAGCACAGGUGGUGCAACGAGCCGUCGAGGAAGCCCCGCAUGUCAACUUUCCCGCCACCGCCUUGCACAAGUUGCCACGUGCCACGUUCUUCCUGACUGCCGGCGCUGCGAAGCUGCUGAGCCGCCGGCAGCUGGCCAUCCUGGCCACGCGCGAAAAGGUGGAUGACGAGUUGGUGGAGCGCGCGCUGGUUUCCUUGUGCUGCAAGCGACGUAAGAGGCUGCUGGACCUCACAGAGGAAGAUCUCCAGAGCUGUCCCUUUGCCCAGGAGGUACUGCGGAGAUGCGGUCGACCAUUGAGCUUGUGCGCCACGCAGGUGCGCGAGACGUUGAUUCGGAAGAUCGAGCGCGGCUGCCAGGUGAGGGAAAAUGCCAAGUUUCUUCACACCGAGCCUCAUCAUGACGACAUCAUGUUGGGAUAUUUGCCUUCCGUGUUGCGGCACACGCGCGUCUCAUCGAACCAACACCACUUUGUGUGCGCGACGAGUGGAUUCAAUUCGGUGUCCAACAAGCACAUGCUGAUGCUCCUUGAGCGAGUGGAGCGUUUUGUCGCGUCUCCCACCUUUCAGAGACUUUGCAAAGUGGACUACUUCAGUUCCAACGGGCCUUCUGCUAUUGAUUUUCGCCGGCGAGAUGUCUGGAAAUUUCUGGAUGGCAUCGCAGCUGCAGACCACGAACUGAGAGAUGAGGGUGCUGCGAGACGAUUGGUCUACAACUUGUGUGUGAUCUUCGGAGAUUCAGUGGCAGACGGUGAUUCCUCCAAGCUUCUGACUCGCGUGAAAGGACUGAAGGACUAUUUUGCGAAGCAAUAUGCCGGGCAGAAGGAUGAGAAAGACAUUCAAACCUUGAAAGGUUCCUGUCGAGAGUUUGAGGCUGAGUGUGUCUGGGGGUACAUCGGCUGGCAACUCCCCAACAUCUCCCAUCUGAGACUGGGCUUCUACACAGCCGACAUCUUCGCCCCCGAACCCACGCAGCAGCGCGACGUCUUGCCCGUACUGCGCUUGUUGCAGGAGUUACAGCCCGAUGUUGUGACGGUGGCGCUGGACCCGGAAGCCUCCGGGCCGGAUACGCACUACAAAGUCCUGCAGGCCGUGACUGCUGCCCUACAACAGUACUCCGAUGAGACCAAGAAGAAGGAUAUCACCGUGUGGGGCUACCGCAACGUUUGGUUCCGCUUUGAGCCUCACGAAGUCUCUACCAUCAUUCCGGUGUCGCUGCAGACCAUCUCCACUCUAAAUCACAUGUUCCUGAACUCCUUUGAAUCACAGCGCAACGCCGAAUUCCCGGCCUAUGAGAUUGAGGGCCCAUUUUGUGCCAUGAGUCAACGAGUUCAGGUCCAGCAGUACGACAUGAUCGAGACCUGCCUGGGCUAUGAGUGGUUCCACAAGCACGACUCCCCGUUGAUCCGCGCCACUCGCGGCUUGGUCUUCUUGCGGGAGAUGACCGUGCAGCAGCUGCUGGCGGAGAGCCGCGCCCUGCGGCAGCAGACGGAGAACAUCUAGAGAAAAAAAAGUGUUGCAUCCGGCUGAUCGCUGCUGUAGCUGUCUACUUGGAUCCUUGGAUUUUCAGAAA